AUGUCGGGGCACACCGCCUCCUACCCUGAAAUUAGCGUGGAGAUGUGGCGCCACCCCAAACUGUUCCCCGCAAUGGGCUCACUGCUUUACGUCCCUAACGUGGGCUGCUGCAGCUCACUGCUUUACAUCCCUAACGUGGGCUGCUGCAGCUCACUGCUUUAUGUCUCUAACGUGGGCUGCUGCAGCUCACUGCUUUACAUCCCUAACGUGGGCUGCUGCAGCUCCCCGCUUUACGUCCCUAACGUGGGCUGCUGCAGCUCACUGCUUUACGUCCCUAACGUGGGCUGCUGCAGCUCACCACUUUAUGUCCCUAACGUGGGCUGCUGCAGCUCACCGCUUUACGUCCCUAACGUGGGCUGCUGCAGCUCACUGCUUUACGUCCCUAACGUGGGCUGCUGCAGCUCACCGCUUUACGUCCCUAACGUGGGCAGCUGCAGCUCACUGCUUUACGUCCCUAACGUGGGCUGCUACAGCUCCCCGCUUUACGUCCCUAACGUGGGCUGCUGCAGCUCACUGCUUUACGUCCCUAACGUGGGCUGCUGCAGCUCACUGCUUUACAUCCCUAACGUGGGCUGCUGCAGCUCACUGCUUUACGUCCCUAACGUGGGCUGCUGCAGCUCACUGCUUUAUGUCCCUAACGUGGGCUGCUGCAGCUCACCGCUUUACGUCCCUAACGUGGGCUGCUGCAGCUCACCGCUUUACGUCCCUAACGUGGGCUGCUGCAUCUCACUGCUUUACGUCCCUAACGUGGGCUGCUGCAGCUCACUGCUUUAUGUCUCUAACGUGGGCUGCUGCAGCUCACUGCUUUAUGUCUCUAACGUGGGCUGCUGCAGCUCCCCGCUUUACGUCCCUAACGUGGGCUGCUGCAGCUCCCCGCUUUACGUCCCUAACGUGGGCUGCUGCAGCUCACUGCUUUACGUCCCUAGCGUGGGCUGCUGCAGCUCCCCGCUUUACGUCCCUAACGUGGGCUGCUGCAGCUCACCGCUUUACGUCCCUAACGUGGGCUGCUGCAGCUCCCCGCUUUACGUCCCUAACGUGGGCUGCUGCAGCUCACCGCUUUACGUCCCUAACGUGGGCUGCUGCAGCUCACCGCUUUACGUCCCUAACGUGGGCUGCUGCAGCUCACCGCUUUACGUCCCUAACGUGGGCUGCUGCAGCUCACCGCUUUAUGUCUCUAACGUGGGCUGCUGCAGCUCACUGCUUUAUGUCCCUAACGUGGGCUGCUGCAGCUCACCGCUUUACGUCCCUAACGUGGGCUGCUGCAGCUCACUGCUUUACAUCCCUAACGUGGGCUGCUGCAGCUCACCGCUUUACGUCCCUAACGUGGGCUGCUGCAGCUCACUGCUUUACGUCCCUAACGUGGGCUGCUGCAGCUCCCCGCUUUACGUCCCUAACGUGGGCUGCUGCAGCUCACCGCUUUACGUCCCUAACGUGGGCUGCUGCAGCUCACUGCUUUACGUCCCUAACGUGGGCUGCUGCAGCUCCCCGCUUUACGUCCCUAACGUGGGCUGCUGCAGCUCACCGCUUUACGUCCCUAACGUGGGCUGCUGCAGCUCCCCGCUUUACGUCCCUAACGUGGGCUGCUGCAGCUCACCGCUUUACGUCCCUAACGUGGGCUGCUGCAGCUCACCGCUUUACGUCCCUAACGUGGGCUGCUGCAGCUCACCGCUUUACGUCCCUAACGUGGGCUGCUGCAGCUCACCGCUUUAUGUCUCUAACGUGGGCUGCUGCAGCUCACUGCUUUAUGUCCCUAACGUGGGCUGCUGCAGCUCACCGCUUUACGUCCCUAACGUGGGCUGCUGCAGCUCCCCGCUUUACGUCCCUAACGUGGGCUGCUGCAGCUCACCGCUUUACGUCCCUAACGUGGGCUGCUGCAGCUCACCGCUUUACGUCCCUAACGUGGGCUGCUGCAGCUCACCGCUUUACGUCCCUAACGUGGGCUGCUGCAGCUCACCGCUUUAUGUCUCUAACGUGGGCUGCUGCAGCUCACUGCUUUAUGUCCCUAACGUGGGCUGCUGCAGCUCACCGCUUUACGUCCCUAACGUGGGCUGCUACAGCUCCCCGCUUUACGUCCCUAACGUGGGCUGCUGCAGCUCACUGCUUUACAUCCCUAACGUGGGCUGCUGCAGCUCACCGCUUUACGUCCCUAACGUGGGCUGCUGCAGCUCACUGCUUUACGUCCCUAACGUGGGCUGCUGCAGCUCCCCGCUUUACGUCCCUAACGUGGGCUGCUGCAGCUCACCGCUUUACGUCCCUAACGUGGGCUGCUGCAGCUCCCCGCUUCUAUAA